AUGACUGACAAGAAUGUCCCUUCGACAUCUUUGGUUGAGACCGUAGCCGGGUUCACGGCAGGGGUCAUUUCAACCCUCUGUCUGCAUCCGCUUGAUCUAAUCAAGACUCGCCUGCAAGUUGAUCGAGUUUCCCCGUCUCGGUUGGGCAGUUCGUUUCGGGUGAUUCGAGAAAUAUAUCGAACUGAAGGUGGAAUUACUGCUUUCUACCGGGGUUUGACCCCGAAUCUUGUGGGCAACUCGACUAGCUGGGCGGUGUACUUCCUAUUUUAUGGCAAGAUUAAAGACACAAUACGAAAUACACGGACAUUCGACAAGGAUGGGCUAGGCGCAUCGGAAUACUUCCUGGCCUCAGGGGCGGCUGUGACUGAAAUGUUGGGCUCCACAGGCCUCCUUACGGCUAUCCUUACAAAUCCAAUAUGGGUUAUCAAGACUCGCAUGCUAUCUACGGGCUCUCGCACACCUGGUGCAUACCCUUCCUUUGUAUCUGGAGCCCGGCAAAUCUUGACAUCGGAAGGCGUGGCUGGCUUCUACCGCGGUCUUGUACCCGCUCUAUUCGGCGUCAGCCAUGGUGCCUUCCAAUUCAUGGCUUAUGAGCAAUUAAAGGCGUACCGAUCUAAAUCAACCUGGGCAAGGAACGCCCCGGCAUCAGCCACACCGGGGGGAGGAGCAGAUCGUGAACUUGGCAACCUAGAUCUUCUCAUCAUAUCCAGUCUUUCGAAGGUUUUCGCUGGUUGUAUCACCUACCCGUAUCAGGUCUUAAGGACUCGACUUCAGGCGUAUGAUGCGGCCCUUGUGUAUCGAGGAGUGUGGGAUGCAACACGGAAGAUUUGGCACAACGAAGGUGUAGGUGGCUUUUACAAAGGUCUGGGACCAAAUCUCCUCAGAGUCCUUCCCAACACGUGGGUCACGUUCCUUGUAUAUGAGAAUACAAGGAGGUAUUUACCCAAGCUGAGUGUCGGCGAUGGUUAG